UGUGGUAGCUCAUUUGUUUGGGUGGGCUGCACCCAGGGCUGCCUGAGAUCCCAGCUGGGCACCAUGGAGCCCUGGCUUGAGGUGGUGGUGGUGGCUGCCGGUUCCCCGGGGCUGGGCUCGGACAGGGAGGGGUGCUCCCCGGCUAGGAAGAGACCUCGCCGCUCCCCACCUCGGACAGAGACCCCCAUGGAGUGGGAGCCCCCGCAGCCAGCUGGUCGGGAUCCCCCCUCAUGGGGUACCCCCAGCUGGCCAUGCUCCAUUUCCCCUGGCCACUGGGCCACCGACCACUGGGACCCAGCUCACGAGUGGCCCAAGGAACCAGCUGGGCCAAGAAAGUUGGCAGAUGAAUCCGCACCAGCCUCAGGGGUCCCCCCCAGGCCAGCCCCACACAGCAGCCAGUCACAGCCAGCCGCACGCUCGGAUCCUGGGUCCUCUGCCCCCUGCCCUGGAACAGGCGACCUGGCCCGCCAGCGGCGGAAGAAGCCUGCUCUGUCGAAGAGCUGGAAAUCCAUGGGAAACAGAGGCCUUGCAGCCAUCGUCCCCCUGGUGCAGGGCAUCCUGUCGGCCUUCGCUUCGGGCCUGAGGCUGGCAAAGCUGCUGGAGCUCAUGAGGAACCAGCAUGGGGUCGACGUGGAGACGCUGUGCCAGGCUGCGAGCGCCGCGGACGUCCUGGGGCUGCUGGCCCAGGUGCCUGGGCUGCGGGUGUGCACCCCUGAGAGAGGCCCCCAGUGCCUUAUCCAGCUUGAGAGAGUGUCGGCAGAUGAAUCCGCACCAGCACCAGGGGGCCCCCUCAGUCCAGCCCCAUGCAGCAGCCAGUCACAGCCAGCCCCGCGCUCGGAUCUCGGGUCCUCUGCCUCCUUCUGCCCCGAAAGGGGGGACCUGGCGUGCCAGCGGCCGAAGAAGCCCGCUCGGUCGAAGAGACGGAAAUCCAUGGGAGACAGAGGUGUGGCUGUCACCCUCGCCCCCUUUCUGCGGCAUGUCCUGCACCCUUUCCCCCUGGGCCUGGGGCUGCCCAAGCUGCUGGAGGCCGUGCGGCGGGACCACGACCUGGACCUGGUGGCGCUGAGCCGGGAAGCAGGGUACGAAGACGUGCUGCGGCUGCUGGGGCAGGUGCCCGGGAUCUGGCUACACAAGUCGUCGAGAGGCAGCGCAUACACCGUGCGCCUCCACGCAGCGUUGGCAGAUGAAUCCGCACUAGCCCCCGGGGGCACCCCCAGUCCAGCCCCAUGCAACAGCCAGUCACAGCCAGCCCCGCACUCGGAUCCUGGGUCCUCUGCCUCCUGCCACCCCGGAAGGGGGGAUCUGGUGCGCCAGCGGCCGAAGAAGCCUGCUCGGUCGAAGAGACGGAAAUCCAUGGGAGACAGAGGUGUGGCUGCCACCCUCGCCCCCUUUCUGUGGAAUAUCCUGCGCCCCUUCCCCCUGGGCCUGGGGCUGCCCAAGCUGCUGGAGGCCGUGCGGCGGGACCAGGACCUGGACCUGGUGGCGCUGAGCCAGGAAGCAGGGUACGAAGACGUGCUGAGGCUGCUGGGGCAGGUGCCCGGGAUCUGGCUACACAAGUCGUCGAGAGGCAGCGCGUACACCGUGCGCCUCCACGCAGGUGGGCUGGUGGGGGAGAUGUUUGCUCCUCUCCCUUCUACACCGAGUCUGUGACCCUCUGGAUCCACCCACCUGCUGUCGGCCCCCCCCGGCUCAGGCUCCCAGCAAACUCAGGCAGGCGUCGGCUGCAGCUGUCUCGUGUUUCCCAGGAGUUGGUGGCGGCGUGUGUUACGCAGGAGGUCAGACCGGAUGAUCACCAUGAUCCCAUCGGCCCUGGGACCCUCGUUCCUCCUUCCCUGGAGGUGGGGCGUGAAGCUGGCUGGGUUUUCAUCAAAGGGGAUUUUGAUCCCCCUGCUCCCCGAAAACAAAAACAUUUAGGAAAACGCACGUGUCUGACUGGGCUGAAAUUCCUUCCAGGAGGAAGGAAAAACUUGGUGCUUUGAGAACAGAACCUUGAUUUUUCUUUCCCCCACCCCCCCAUAAAAAAAAUUCAUUGUUUUCUAUCCGCUUUUUCUGACGAGAGGUCAACCAAGGAACUCAGCGGCUGCCGUUUUUGCUCCAAACAUUUUUGACCUGAAAGGAAACUCUCAAAAGACGAGGGCCUGGUCCCUCAAAACACGUGGUUAUGAUAAAAAUCCAGACGCAGGAGGGUCAAGUUUUUACCCCCUCUUUUUUCGAAAAAGAAAAAACCCUUUUGUGUAAUUAAAAUAAUGUGAAAAAUGUUUCAGACCAGGUGCAACUUCAAACUCCUGCCAUUUCCUGUAAUAUGGAAAACCCCCUCCUCUGGCUCGAGUUGUGUGUUCAAGGGGGUGGGGGGUGGUGUCCAGGGCUUAUGAAAGUGGGGACAGUUGUACCAGGGCUGUGGGCUUUCCACAACUUGCCUGUACUUGACACAAAAUGGGGGGGGGGCUCAGCAAACAUUGCCCCACACUUCUCUCAAGGAGCCCUAAGCCUGCCCCCACCUGCCGUGAAAUGGGGGCGCGUGUGCUGCCAGCAGCAGCAGUAGUAGGUUAUUACCCUGUGGAAAGUAGACAUUAGCACUGGUGCUUCUAAGGUGGCAAGAGCCCAGAAGCACUUAGUGGGUGGGGGGAGGCUGUUGGAGGGGCCUGUGGUCCUAUUUUUGGGGUCCCCUGAGCCCACCUCCCCAUUUUUCUUCUCUGCAGCCCUGUAGACCCCUAAGUCCUGCAGACCUUCCUGCGGGGGGAGUGCUGCCCCCAAGCUGGGAGUGCGGGAGGGAGCCGAGAGGCCGGGCGGAGCGAGUCUGACCCAGAGGCGAGGGUCCCUGAGCUCCCACCCUGUCUCUGUCCUAGGUGGGCCUGGCCACUUGGUGUGGGGGAGGGGCCUAGGGGAUACCACUGCAGGGGCAUCUCCUCCCACCUACCAUUGGCAGCUCUGCAGGUUGUCUGAUAGGGAAUGUGAGGGGCUCUUUCCCUUCUGCCCCACAGAGGCCCAGAGCAGUGGGGCUGGGAGUGAAGGCCCUGCCCCUACAGCAAGUUCCCCAGCGGGGAGCAGUUGGCUCAAGCUCCCUCAGACCCCAGCAAGGGCCAGUCACGUUCCUCUUCUCCCCACCCCCCUUUUCUCCCAAGACCCAGAGGUGCCUGGUUAA